GACUAAUUCUAAGUAUUUACAUCAUAGUUGUUUUUUGGCUUUAUGUAUAUUUCUAUAUCUAUUUUUACUUUGAUUUAAUGUUUUAUGUUAGUCUUACCCUAUUUAUAAGAAAUAUGGCUAUAUUUUUUGGCUUUUACAAUGUAUCUUUCGUUUGAUGAUCUAUAGUGCGAGUAUCAAUGUUAAGAUGUUGCUCUUAAGAUUAGUUCCAGCAAUGAAUGAAGUGGAAAAUCAUUUAUUAUUCACUUUCUGGAGAAUUUGCUUGGCAAACUCAAGUUUAUAUAUUCAUACUUUAUUUGCUUAUAAGUUAGGAACAAUAUAAAUCAGGUAUCAUUAGUCGGGAGUAUAAGCUGUAAUUAAUGGGUUACCAUCACAUACAAAUUAAAUGAAUCUGGCAAUUCUUGGUAAACGUAUAAUGGAAGAAAUGAACGAGUGGCAAAAACAGAGAAAACCCAGAUAUGCGAGGAAUUGUUGAAAAGUUGAGGAAUAGCUGUAGAAUGGUUUAUGCAAUGGUAUCACACCAGAAAUAGUUCAUGAUACUGUCAACAACAGCUGAUCGUGAUGCUUACAGAGGUCACAUGUGACCGGUCCAGGAGUAUACAAUGAUGUCUUAAGUCGCUUUAUUACUGAGAGUAUCAAAGUGAUGGAUGAGGAAGGAGACGUGCGUCUUACGUUAGAAUCUGUGCGUGAAUUGAUAACAAAAGAUGAACCUAAUGUGCAGAUUACCAGCUUGGAAGAAGAACUUGGUUCAGGAAGAGGUGACAAUUAUACAUCCAUGCUAUAUCGUGUUCGAGCAAAAGGCCGUAAACAAAUAAAAAAUUGUGAAUGGGUCAAUUAUGAACGUGCGAUUAUUUACAAAGUUUUACCUCGAUCAAGAGAACAUCGUGAGGCCUUUAAAAGCGAACUUCUAUUUCAAAACGAAGUAGCAUUUUAUACGCAUGUGUGGCCUGCUUUGAAUGAAUUACAAACAAAUGGUAGAGAGGUUUUUAGCGGAGUCGCAAAAAUAUACACGGCGCGAAUUGAUCUUAUUGCUAUGGAAGAUUUACGAGAAAGAGGCUUUAAAAUGGCAGAUAGGAGGAAAGGAUUACAACUUGAACAUUUGAAACGAGCGCUGAAAGCUUUAGCAGGUUUUCAUGCGCUCAGUUUAACUCUUAGAGAAACAAGGCCGGAAGAAUUUGCAAGACUGACAGACCCAAGCAGUGGUCAAGGUAUACAAGAAGUUCUUUUUCGGACAGAAAACGAGGAUUGGUACCGUCAAUAUUAUCAAGUUGCUGCUAAGAAUGCUAUCAGAAUGGUAUCUGAUGGUCUUCCUACUCAUAUGGAAUUCAAAAGAAUCGAAAUAAUGGAAAAAUUACGGUCAUUUCUUAAUGAUGAUGUAUUUUUUCGUACUAUGAGCGAAAUAACAGCCAUGCAAGGUCCCCUUACUGUUUUUUGUCAUGGUGAUUGUUGGACUAAUAAUAUUUUAUUUAAAGACGAUUUGGUAUUACCAAACGAAGAAGUUGUUUAUUUAGUUGAUUUUCAACUAUCUCGAGUUGGUUCACUUGCUCUUGAUCUUGCGAAUUUGUUGUAUUGUUGUGCAAACGGAGAAAUUAGACGAACGCACAUGACACAACUUCUUCAACAUUAUCAUUUUCAUCUAAUGUCUUCGUUACAAACGCUUAAUCCAAAACAGCCACCAAAAGAUCCAUCCGUAAUGUGGGAACUAUUAAACGAGGAAAUGCGGCGAUGCGGGCGAUUCGGUAUAGGACUUGCAUUGGAUAUGUUGCCAAUUGCCACAUGCGAAAGCGAAGAGGCUCCAGAUUUAUAUGAAAAAUCAGAAACAAGUGAAGGAAAACAAAAUACACGAGCACCACCGCGAGGAGGAGCUGAAUGUGCGCGACUUAUGACUGAUCUAGUUUUGGAACUCGUCCAUAAUCAUGCUUUAUAGGUUGAAUUAUAUAAAAUCUUUAUGACGACUAUUUGAAUAUCUUUCUUGUAUCGCAACAAAACAAAUCAAAUGUAAUUGUAAAAUUAUCGCGUAAACUAUGUAUAUGUUUAUACGCGAUUAAAUUAUGUAAAUUUCUAUAAGAUCUGACAUUUACAUGAUAUAAAAGUUUGUUGAAAAUGUCUAGUUACAUUAAAUAAGAGCAAAUAAUAAAACGAAUAUUAUUCUAUGUUGCAAAAA